AUGGGUCACGACCUACAACGAAGGUCCAUUUCUGACGGCGCGUCCCUCGCUGGGAUAAUACCAUUCGGUCUGUCCACCUUUAGCAAAUACGCGGAGAAAGCAGCUGUGGUCAAGAAUCGUCUCAUCAAAUAUAUGGAAAGCGAAGACCGGCACAAGAUGAUGCGUACCAUCGCCAAAGGUGAACAUAGAUGGUACAAGCGAUUCGAAGUCACGGACGGCUUGGAGAAGCUUCCACCUGAUCAAUGGGAGCUCGGGAUAUUUUCCUUACUAAACGAUGGCAAACUUGCAGCUCGCCCAGGCGGGAGGACUUUGAGCAAAAUACGCACAGCUACCAAUGUGUACCUAAAUCGCCAAGAGAUUGAUAAGAGUCUUCGUCUUGGCGAGUACGCUGCUCCACAUCAGAAGCUGAAGCAGACCGCAGAGAAGUUGGUUCGCAUGCGGAGAGCGCGAGAGCUCGAGGCCAUGACUCAGGGCGGGGAAAAGCGCGAGCAUUGGGAGGCGUUCAUAGGCAAGCACCUUAUUGGUGAGCGGGAUUUCUUCCGAAAGUACCAAGAGGAGUGGGACUACGCCCUGCUAGGUCGUAAGAAUUAG